AAGGAAUAUUGGAAAGAACUCUUAAAGCAGAAUCUAUCCCAUGAAGCACAAAAUAACGCAACGGAGCGAGAUGACUUAGAAUAAGAGAGGGGAAAGGGAAAGCAAUGCAUCGCAUCGAUUCUCGGCAGGCAUAUCAAGAGAUCGAGGGACACUUGGAAGGGAAAAAAAAAACCCUUUUUUCUUCUUGUAGCAGCAGCACAGACUGGAAAUGAAUUCAUCUUCUGCUCAAGAGAAAGGCUAUGAUUACACGUUCAAAAUAGUGCUGAUAGGGGAUUCCGGGGUGGGUAAGAGUAGCAUCAUCCUCAACUACACCUCCGAUAAUAAAGGUGACCACCUUCCGUCCCCAACAGUCGGGGUUGAUUUCAAGACCAAGAUUCUUACAUUGGGUGACAAGAAAGUAAAGAUUACAAUAUGGGACACUGCUGGGCAGGAAAGGUUCAGGACACUCACUAGUUCUUUCUACAGAGGAGCUCAUGGAAUACUUAUGGUUUAUGAUGUGACUAGGAAAGAUACAUUCACGAGUUUGGCUAACAAAUGGAUCGAGGAAUUGAAGCUAUAUUCAGCAUAUCAUGACUCUGUUAAAGUGCUCGUUGGAAAUAAAUUGGAUCUAGAGAGUUCUAGGAUGGUUACAAGAGAAGAAGGGAUUGCAUUUGCAAAUCAACAUGGCUUUUUGUUUUAUGAGAGCAGUGCGAAAACAGGAGAAAAUGUGGCGAAGUGUUUUGAAGGGCUUCUACUAAAGGUUCUGGGAGUUAUGGACGAACCAGCAAAUGUGAUGAAGAUGCUGCACGACAUGCAGGGAAUUCCUGGUCCCCCCGACUUUGUUCCUUCCUCAGGGGCAAGUUGCUGCGGAUAAAUUAGCGGAACUUCUUGGUCUUAGAUAUGUUGUCCCGGGAAUAAAUGAGGGUUGCUGUUCCUACUGAUCAAAAGUGUUUAAAAUAGAGGUGUCUUGAGAUGAUGUAAUGUAAUGGAAUGUGUAGUUAAAAUGGAGGUGGUGUAGAAGCUUAUGGACAAGUCAAAUGCGCCGAGAUAAUGAAUCCUGUAGAUGCCUCUACUCAAGAAGGUGGUUUAGAUUCUGUAAAUAAAAGUUGAAUGAGGGUAUUUUGUUGCAAA